UUUUAUGUUUUGGGUGCUCCUUUAGCACAACAACAACUUAAAAAAAAACUGCAGCGAGCUCAAGAUCAGCAAUGGCCACAUCUCCAGAAGCCAAGCUCCAGAGCUUCCUCCACUGGCUCUACGCCAAUGGGGCCGAGCUUAGAGGGAGUGCCAUCCAGCACUGUGGCGCCGACAAGGGCUUUGGGGUCUUCUCUGCCCCCACCGGCGUUCGCCGCGAUGAUGGUAUUGUGAUGACGAUCCCGCUCGACCUCGCCAUCACUCCUAUGAGGGUUCUUCAGGACCCCUACGUUGGACCAAGAUGCCGAGCACUGUUUGAGGAGGGCCAUGUUGAUGAUAGGUUCCUCGUCAUGAUCUUCCUUACUGUUGAGCGCCUGCGACACAAUUCGCAAUGGAAGCCUUACUUGGACAUGCUUCCUAGCACGUUUGGAAAUCCUCUUUGGUUUUUGGAGGAGGAGCUUGCAGAGCUUAAAGGAACAACAUUGUAUCAAGCAACCAUGCUGCAGAAAAAGAAUUUGCGAGCGUUGUAUGAUGAUAAAGUGAAGCCACUAGUGGAGGAGCUUCUUUCUCAUGAUGCUCACUUAGAAAGAGUAAAUGAGGUGCGUUUUGAAGAUUUCCUUUGGGCAAAUUCGAUCUUCUGGACUCGAGCUCUGAACAUUCCUUUACCACAUUUUUAUGUAUUUCCUGAGUCACUGGGAGGGCAAGAGAAAGAUUCUGCUUGCAAGGAUCAUGGUUCUGGUGUUUCAGUAACUGCAACUGUUGGUGAAACAUGUGUUGAAGUAGAUGGACAUAAAAUUAAGGAAGCUAAUAAUGUGAGUGAGAAAAGAAAAGAUGAAGAUACUUCGAAUGCAAUUGUUUCAAAGACCAUUUGGGUUGAAGGUCUGGUCCCUGGCAUUGAUUUUUGUAAUCAUGGUCUGAAGGGUAGAGCAACAUGGGGAGUUGAUGGAGAUGGAUCUGUAACAGGAAUUCCUGUAUCAAUGCACCUCAUCCUUGCUGAAAGCAACACUCUUGAAGCUGGGAAAGAGAUAUUAAUAAGCUAUGGUAACAAAGGAAAUGAGGAAUUAUUAUACCUCUAUGGAUUCGUUAUUGAUAACAAUCCAGAUGAUUACCUCAUGGUUCAUUACCCCAUGGAAGCGUUUCAGAAUGUACCCUUUGCUGAUAGAAAAGCAAGGCUGUUAGAAAUUCAGAAGGCUGAAUUCAGAUGUCUCUUACCAAGAGGUUUGCUUUGUCAUGGCUUUUUCCCUGCAAAUUCUCUUCAAACUGGUGAUCAGAAGAAAAUUUCCGAUGAUAAUCUUGGGUUUUCCCCUGUAAAUUAUAGCUGGAGUGGUCAGCGCAAGGUCCCCUCUUAUUUGAAAAUUCUUGUUUUUCCUCAAGAAUUCUUAACAACUUUAAGGACAAUAACCAUGCAAGAAGAUGAGCUUUGUCGGGUUUCAUCAUUACUAGAAGAGGUAGAUUUCCCAAUUUAUGAUCAAUUUUAGUUUUGAAGGUGCCUGAAUAAUUGGUUAAUCACUUGUAUCAGUUGUAUAAGACCACUCUGUUGUUGGCUGAUAGACAAAUACAGUCUUGAAAAUAAACUUAUUGUACUCCAAUAAUAUUUUUUAUGGCAUAGUACAUAACAACUUAAAGUUAAAAGAUUUAGUCAUUAUUUAUCAUUCUUUCUUCCUUUUUGUAGCUGAGGAUGUUUGAACUAGUACUUGUUCAGGUGCCAAUGUAAGAAUAACUCUUACAUGACAAGGCCUCCAAGUCAAAACAUUUUUAAUCUUACUGAGAAAACUAAAAUCAGAAUGUAUACUUUGUUGUUUAAUUUUUCCUAUUUUCAGCAUUUGAACUUUGAUGAGAAGUAAUGUGGUUUAUAGACAUAAGAAAUCAAGCUAUGCAUGGCAUUUAAUAAUGGGAUUUUGUUAUAUGGGUAGAAGUACAUAAAUUGGAUCUCAGAAUCCAUGCCUCUUUUGUUAAUCCAGCCAACAAUUACAUGGCAAGCAUUGGCAUACUGUUAAGGCUGCUCGUUUGCACUGUGUCUUGGAUGUGAAGUGAGGAAUAACAUUUCUAUUUGCUGAGCAUAGGUGCCUUUCUAAUUCUCCCUGAGCUCCAUACUAGCAAGAGUCUUGUUCAAUGUGCCGUCUUUUUUAGUCUUUAGUCUUGACCAUCUAAAGAACAACAAUUAUGUAAUUAGUUAUUAGGAUGAAAAAUUAGAUUAUAUAUUCAAAAAGACUGU